AUGUUUUCGAGGUCGAAGCUGUCGACAACGAACUGUCAUCGACGGGUACUAAUCGAGUUGACUCAGUCGAACUCUGAAGAUGGCGGGAGUGUUUCGGAUUUGAACUUGCAGCAUGGUUUUGAAACAAAGACAGAACUACACAACACCUGGUCUAGUAUUGUAAAAAAAUCGAAAAAAACUCCAGUUAGAGAUCAUGCAAAAAAUAAUUCUACUGCUUUGAAUGACAAUCAUGGUAAUAAGUGCACAUCAUACAGUGGGGAGGCUUCUGCUAAUGAUGUUGUGAGCGGGCGAUCUGUGAAGACUUUCUUGAGGACGGUGGAAAAGAGAAAGUCAUUAUUCGUUUCUCGUCUCCAUCCAGAAGUUUGUGAGGUGGACUUGGUAUCUUAUCUAAAAGCUUCGGGUAUUGACAAGUCAGACUUUGAAUGUGUGAAGCUGAAAUCCAGGUCAGCUAUAAAGGCAUUCCACAGUGUCCGUACUUUGCCUACCAGGGGUGAUGUGCAUGAUCAUGGCACCAGAGGCAGGCUGAGGCUGGACCUGCCAUAUUGUAGAUUGGGGAGGACCCAGAGCAGCCUCAUCUACCAGCCAGCUAAAAUUUUGAACAAGCUGCCAGUUUCAGCCAGGACUCUGCCAGAGACAGUCUUGAAGAGGAGACUGAGGGCUUUCCUUCAGGAGAACCCCUUUUAUUCUAUGAGGGAGUUCUAUAUGAUUGUGAUCCUCAGACUAAAACAUGCAGUCUGUAAUCUACCCCCAUGUCAGUGUAGAGAGGCCUGUUCAUGAAGACACAAAAUCAUUCGACGACACCAAAACAUAUUACACAGUGUAGAUGGACGGAUAGAAAGUGUGAACAUCAAAAGCCAUCGUGUGUGUUACCCAGUUUCCAUUCUGCAUCUAACAAUAGCAACAAAGCAUCCAACAUCAUAACUUUAUUAUUAUAUAGUCCAGGCAAUGAAUGCUCAAAAGAGGGUAUAGUGAGAAAAGUUUGGAAGACUAUAUUUGACCCCGCAAUUUUGUUUUGGGUAUUAAGGAGGUAAAAAUAUCCCCACCCCUACCCCUUGUGCUAAGGGGGUGGGGUGGUUCAAAGGUACUAUUUUUUGGUUUCUCGCAUAUAACUCGAAAACUAUGUAUCUUACGGACGUAACUGUUACAUACAAAAGUAAAGCUUAUAUAAUUUCCUACAAUAUUCAUCUCACAACUUUUCUAGUUUUCGAGAUAUCCGCUCUUAAAUGUGUGACAUUUUUGAAAAAAACACGUUCCCCUCCAAUUUUUUUCUAUUUCUACUCUUAUAACUUUUUAAAAAUUGAUGGGAAAAAUCAAUGCAGAUUAUGAGCUCAUAAAGCCUCUUUCAGGGCUUAUAACUCUCCAACAAUGCAUCGUAAAAAUCAAUGCUUAUCGUAGGUUUGUAGAGCAUUAAAUUCUCUUUGAAAUGGUGUAUUAUUUCACUAUUCAAAGUUUGUGUUUCAUUGUUAUAGCAACUUUAAUGUAGGGGAUGAAAUUUCCAAUGGUGCAACAAUUAUUCAUUUGGCAAUGAAAUUUGAAGCGGGUGUCUGUGACACAAUUUUUGACGUUGCAGCUUAAUUUUGACUAGUUAGUAGAUUAACAUAGCAAAAGUGCACAUCUUUAUCCCCUCUUUUGAAGGUUUGGAACCGCUGAGUUGACACUAGUUGCAAUAUUGAAAAUGUUGCUACAUUGCACCAUCAUUCUUGAUCAUUUGUUACAUCACACAACUAUUAUAUGAAUACUUUGUAUUGUUGUAACCAACUUGAAUCAAUUGACAAUUCCUUUUUUACUGCUUAUUCAAAUUUACUAUUUGUUAUUUUUGAUUUUCAUCAAACGUCCUUUUUCCUACUUAGUGCAGUCAUCAUAACUUUUAAGGCCAUUUGUAAAGUGCCACUUAUAUCAAUAAAUGCAAUCAUUUGUUAUUGUUA